GAGUGGAGUGGGGGCUGCUUUUUCCUGAUGCUAACGGGGAGUACCAGUCGCCUAUUAACUUGAACUCGAGAGAAGCGAAAUACGACCCCUCGCUCCUGGAAGUGCGUUUGUCGCCCAACUACGUAGUGUGUCGUGACUGUGAAGUGAUCAACGACGGGCAUUCAAUUCAGAUUGCCCUGAAGUCAAAAUCAGUGUUAAUAGGGGGGCCAUUACCUCGAGGACACGAGUUUGAACUACACGAUGUUCGAUUUCACUGGGGGAGAGAAAACCAGCGUGGUUCUGAACACACAGUUAAUUUUAAGGCAUUUCCCAUGGAGCUUCAUUUAAUGCACUGGAACUCAACACUGUACAGCAGCAUUGAUGAGGCAGUAGGGAAGAAGCACGGCAUAGCUAUUAUUGCUUUGUUUGUGCAGAUAGGAAAAGAGCAUGUAGGCCUAAAGGCUGUAACUGAAAUUCUCCAGGACAUCCAGUACAAGGGAAAGUCCAAAACAAUACCCUGUUUUAAUCCCAACUCUUUAUUGCCAGAUCCUCUACUGCGUGACUACUGGGUGUAUGAGGGCUCUCUUACCAUUCCACCCUGCAGUGAAGGUGUCACCUGGAUAUUAUUUCGCUAUCCUUUGACUGUGUCCCAAGUGCAGAUAGAGGAAUUUCGUAGACUGAGGACACAUGUUAAAGGUGCAGAACUUUUAGAGGGCUGUGAUGGAAUCCUAGGAGAUAACUUCAGACCAACUCAGCCACUUAGCGAUAGAGUCAUCAGAGCUGCAUUUCAGUAGCAGAAGAGGAAGAACAACAAAAAUAAGUCUUUAUUCGGAGAGGGGGAAGACAAUGCUCCCACAGUGCCCUCGGAUGAAAAAUGGAAACUUUUGAAGCUGCUGCUUCAGCUGAACCACAAAGCCUGUAUUGUUUGUUUUCAUCUAAUUCAGCCUUGAUAGACAGCUUUGACAGUUGGUCUGUCCGCACAGUCCAGUGAAAUUCUGGGAAUGGGGCUGUACAUUAAAAGAAGAAAACACAUUAAAUCUUCCAAUUCACACUGUUAACUAUUUUUAAAUGGUAAUUACCAUUGGUUAGAUAAUUUCUUUGCCAUAGCAUUCAAUAGUGGUCUGUGAUCCAAAUAGUACUAAUUUUAAGCUUGGUAUGAACGUUAAUAUGUAGAAAUACUCAUUAUUGUUUUGAAUGUUACAUUUAAUUUUGUUCUGUAUCAUCUCUUGUGCUGUCAGUAACCAUCUUUUCUGUAGAGGGGAGGUGCAUUCUAUAAAGCUAAGAAAAACAUUGUUUGUUCAC